AUGUCUUUCGCCGAAGUUGGUUCCGAUUCCCUUAGGCCGAUCCUUCUGCGCUCAAGCACACCAGCCCCCAAUGAGAAAGUACUGCUAUACCUAGAGGGUAUGCAAAGAGAGUCCAUGGGUCUCGGAUCGCCUACUUCUACUCUUAUUCGUAAUGGCCUCCCAUCUACAAGGCGAAGUGCCUUUGGUAAUGACGACGGCACCUCUGAUCUAGACUCCAAUGUUCAAGAUGGUCGAAAGACUGAGAUGUCCAUCAAUGUUCAUUCUGUAAUGCAUCAACCUGGUCCUCAGGACCCCCCUGGUCCGCGUUAUGAGUCAUUUGAUUCUGGUCCUUCGUUUGGCAACAAAGGCCCUUUGCCUGACUUUGGGCCCAGUAGCGGAGCACCUCCCUGGAAUGCUUGGGAGCAUUCUACAGUGGCCGGUGCGGCAAAAGUACCUCUUCCAAAUUCUAUAACAUCCCCGACCACUUUCAACAUCAAUAUCGAACCUCCAUCCACACCUAGCGGUUCAAAGUCACGCAAGUCUGCUUCUCAAGCCAGCGGCGCCCCUACAAAGUCACGCAAGUCAGCUGCCUCCGUAGUUGAAAGUGAUUCACGAGAUACGGUUAAAGGUCACCACAAUGCUCCGAGCAAGGCACAUACAACUCGCAGCGCGGCGCCUGAUGAAGUCCCCUUAUCCCCUCGCCGAUCACGAGCCGGAUCAAGAUCACAAGUCCCUACUGAAUACCCUCCUCUACCUCCAAGCACAUUUCUAAGUCCGUCAGGUCGAACUAAUCAGCUUCCUCUAUCACCACGAUCGCACCACCGUGCACCAAGCGUGUCACCAUCUGACUCUCCCAGUCAAGCCCCAUUCAAGGCUGCUAGGAUUGAGAGGGAGCUGAAGGAAAAGGAAAAGAUGCGCUCGGUUGCGAGUGCCGGGCCCAUGAGUGAUGUCGAUGGAGCUGCAUCGAAGCGUGGAGGUCCGCUGAGCGCUGCUGGUGGCCCAAUGUCGCCUUCACAUCAUAACCGCCCAUUCUCUCCAUAUCGUCAUGCCGCCACACAAGAACCCCUAUUAUUUACUGCAGCCUCUCAAGUCCAGAGGCAGGCAUCUUCACAAUCAAAUGCAUUGUCUCAGUUGAACGUGGAUACAUCUCAGCUGAAUGGCGGUGGAGGUGGCAGUAAAUUAUCCCAUGUAUCGCACCAUUCCCACCACACUCAGCAAUCUCAUGUGUCGCACCAUUCCCAACACACCCAGCAAUCUCAUGUGUCGCACCAUUCCCAACACACUCAGCAAUCUCAUGUCUCGCAUCAUUCGCAUCACACUCAUCAAUCCCAGUCGCGCGCGCGCUCGCCGGCACGCACGGAAGAAGAUGACAGAGCGACGCCUACACCUUCUCGUCCGCAUUCUCCGUCGUUCUCCUUGAACCAAGCUGAGGAGGAGAUGGUGGCAAAGGCAUUGGCCGAACGUGGCGCCGGUAAUCGCACUUCGUACGCUCCUAGCACUCUCGAACCAGAAAUCAUCGACUCUCACUUCCACGAUAUGGAUCUGUGCAUCUUGCUUCAUCAAAUGGACGAUAAUACCACUCAUGAAGUGGUGAAGAAGGCGCUACGGAAAGCAUUGAGGCAGCGCGUCAAGAAGCUGGGCAUGAAAUAUGAUCAAGAUUCCAUGCGACAGUACCGGAAGUCAUUCCAUGAUCAUGACCCUAGCGUCCAUUUGGAUGCGGGAUUCCAGCCAAACACACAAGAGCCGCCCGAAUGGGCCAAAGAGCUUAUGAGUGGAAUGAUAAAAGUCCAAGAGCGUCUUGAAACUCUCAGCCCUCAGUCAUUGAAUGCGCCCAUGCCACCUCGCAGCCAACAAUCAUAUGCCGAGUCUGCUACAUCUCGAGAGCAAUACCGAGGAGAGACGGAAUAUUCAGAAAACAUGGAUCAGUACGGUCAAACUCCGCGCACUCAAACCGUGAAUAUCAACACGCAGGCUACGGGCACAAUUCCAGAGUCGGUGUACCAAAAUGAAACUGCUAUCAUCGUUGAAGAGGAUGAUGAAAUUUAUGCUGAUCACACUGAGCUUGAGCAACGGUUUGGCGCUGGUACGAUCACUGAGACACGGGGAGGCAUGAGCGAGUUUUUGAGUGGCGAUCGAGACGACUCUCCAGGUCAGCAGUUCUUGGAGGAGGAGCUGUACAAAUUACGUGUCAAGCCUGGAGGAAGCCAGUCCGCCAUUACGCACAAGACUUGGGAAGUUGCGAGAGAUGACCAAGACGAGUUCGAGGAGGGCCAAGGAGCAUUCACUGAAUCUGGUCUACCUGAAAUUCCCGACUCGGGCAACUACACCGAGCGCCGUCAGCCUUCUCCGCCUUUACCACCAAUCCCUGGACAAGAGAUUAGUCGACGCGAGAUGGUGCCUUCUCAGAACUCGCAAGUUCGGAAUGCUGCUCAUGACUACGGCGAGUCCAGUCCCCCGCCGUGGCAGCGCAUCCACCAGCGCCUUCUCAGUUGGGCUAUCAUAUGGCCAAUGAGCGAGAUUGAUGCAGCUCUCAGCAGCACGACUCGAGGGCAGCAGGUAGAUGAGGUCGCGCUGAGCAUUUGGUCGACGCAGACAUACAAGCGAUACGUGAGGAGCCGCAUGACAGAUAUGCCGGGUGGGCGCGUGGACAGGCUUUUCGUCCCUCCGAACAUGGCAGAUGCGAUCAGCACUGCUGUAUUCAAUGGCCGGCAUGGUGAUGCGUGUGGAAUGUUGAGGGAUCUAUGGGCGCCUUUUGGUUUCGAGGAUGCUCCGCGAUUGAUCGUUGUGCUUGCGAAACAUCGAUCAGAUGCAGGUCAUUGGGUCGUCCACAGAUUCUCACUUCCUGAUGGCGCACUCACGACAUACGAUUCAUAUCCUGAACGGACGCUUCCCGAUGGACGGCCUCUUGGUUGGUGGUUUGCCAUCCGAGUAGCCUGGCCCGGUGCUAUUUACGCAAACCCAGACCACCUCAUGCAAAAGAUGGUUCGCCUGCACCGUCCUAUGCAGCUCAAUAUCGACAACUCCGUCGCCGCAGCUGGUAUCUGGCGAAACGUGCUCAUGGGCUCUCGAGCGGAACGCAGUCUUGACCUGGAGCGUCUCCGGGAUUUGAUCAAUACGGAGGUGAAGAAUCUGAGGCAACGAAAACAACAGGGGAAGUUGUCGAUUAGCUCGCCCAAGGCGAAUUGGGAGGACUGUUUAGUUUAG